CCAUAUUAGUAACCUAUGGUUAAAUCCUAUUUGGUUCUGACCACCUGGAUGCAUCUUAGCGGCAGAUUCAAAUGUAACUGUAACUAAAGCUGUUGAAAACAUGUCUCAUCACAGGUUUGUGUUUCUCCUUCUGUGGUUUGGAGCCUUUACUAAAGGUGUAAAUGCCGAGGUUCAGACUAUUGCAGUGAAGGCAGGAGGUGAAGCCUUCCUCAACUGUCACCUCAUGAAAUCUGAAGAUGUUGUGCAAGUCACAUGGCAGAAGAUUUCACCGGAGAGGAAUCUGGCCACCAAUAGCAAGUACUUUAACCCAAGAGUGAAUCCAGCGUUCAGAGACAAGGUGGAGUUUAAAGAUGCUGGACUGCAGAACAGCACCUUAAUUAUCAGGAAUGUGAACCAGCAGGAUGAAGGAUGUUAUAACUGUCUGUUUAACAUCCAACACCAGGGGGCUAUCACCUGCAAAACUUGCCUCCAGAUCUAUGAGCUGAAUGAACCUGUUCUACAUGUCAGUAAAUCGUCCUCUACUGCAGAGUUCAUUGUGUCCUGUUCAGCCACUGGUCGACCUGCUCCCACUGUCACUCUGAGUGUCCAGGGACAAAACUUUUCACACACCAGUACCGUCAGAGUCCCCAACACUGACGGUACAGUGACGGUCAACACUACAGCUGUACUGUCAGGUCUGCACAGAACCAGUACUAGAGUUAGAUGUUCAGUCCGACUGGCCUUUGGUUCUGAGACAGAGGUGUUUACAACCAUUCCUGGUUUUGAUGAGGAACGUUCACCCAGUGACAGUGAUGACAGUUUGACUUGGAUCAUUGUGUCUGUGGUUCUGGUCUGUGCUGCUGCUGCUGUCAUUGUUAUCGUCACAUCUUUGUUCAAAAUACAUAUGAAAUGUCUUUCUCACAGUGACCAUGAGGAGAAUGAAGAUGAGGAAGCGGGAAAGGAACUGAAAGACACUCAUGAAACACCACUGGCCAGAACACCACUGACCAGAACACCAGUGGCCAGAACACCAUCAACCAAAAUACUGCUCAGUGAGGAGAAUGAAGUGACUUCCACUGAUUCUUUGAGGAAGAGGGGAUCUGCUGAGAAGAAUCAACCAAGGGCCAACCCAGAGCUGAAAACCCCAGCAAACAGAAGAUUGAAUCUGUAGUGUCAAAAGUAAGAAGACUCGGCUGAACACCUUUAAAUUGUACUUUUCCUAUUUCCUAUUUCAUGCUUUGAUAUGUGAUUUAAUCACAGAAAUACUUUCUAGUUAUCUAAUAUUUAAUUUUAGCUUCUUUUUACUUGGAUUUAUUCAUUUUUUAUCACAUUCAUGACAUUCUUGUCACAUUUUUUUAUUUUAAUACCUUUUAAUAUUUUGCACAAAAUGCAGGGUUGGUAUGGGUGCUUGAAAUCCAUGAAAAUGUUUGAAAUUCAAUGCUCAAUCAAAUUUUAUUUAUAUUGCGCUAAAUCAUAACAAAAGUUGUCUCAUGACACUUUCCUUUUAGAGCUGGUUGAAACCAGACUCUUAAGCCAAUUCACAGACACUAACAGAAUC